GGGAUGGGGAACAAUAAAAAUCAAAACGGAAAACAAAUAAGGGAUGAGAUCGUAUUAUAAAGUUUUUUAAUCAAUAGGCGAUGUGUAGGUGCUCCGCGACGACGGGGCCGUCGAGCAGACGAGAGAUUUCAGAAAUCUCGUUUGAGGGUCGCCGUGGAUCGAGCGAUCGGGCGAAAAAUCCUACGGCGUGCGCACCGAACCGGCUAAUAAUGAAUUUAUAAUUUACAUGAAAGGUCUCCGCGGAUCCGAGGGAGCCUCGCGAACCACCGAGGGGUAGUAUCGGGUUGGGGUGGAUUGCUGUUUCGUUAACGGUCGCGGAGCGCUUGCUCGCCAUCCCGCAAAUUCCAAGACGGAAUUCGUUAGCUGAGCUCGAAAUCGGAUCCGGAUAUUAAGGAGUUCGGAUCAACAGGAUCGAAUUAUUCAACAAGGUCGAACACGCUAAUAUUCGAAUCAUCUCGAAAAGAACAAUCCCCGCAAAAAAAUGUCGAAAUGUAAUCAGACAGUGAUCUGUAUGGUUAACGUUAAUGUUGAAAGAAUUCCUUCAACAAGUGUUCCACACCUUUCUCGUCACAGCAUUUUAUGUCGAAUUUCAAAAAAUGUCUUAAGAAACGGGGGCCUCAAAUGAAAUGAAACUUCCUCUUAUGAGAAAAGUGACUUCCCUGUUAUGUUACUAUAACCAUAAAUAGUUCAAUGACGUCGCAUAUGAUUUAAAAUAUUAAUUUAACGUUCAAUAACUUUACUCAUCGGUUUGGUGUAUGUUUGAUAUUUUUUCUGAUUUCAAUGUUCUCUUCUAGGCACCGACGUAUAGAGACGAGUUUUACCGGUCUCAGGGUCGCGGAACCGCGGAACUCGAUGGAACCGCGUUCCUUAGCGAGACCUUCCAACCAACCGACCCUCCGAUUUUUGAGGUGACAAAUCUACUUAUCAACGAGACGGUCACACAGCUGGCGUUAUGGGGCAACUUGGGCAUCGUGUUGCUGGAACUUCCAAAGCGAUGGGGUAAAAACGGCAGCUUUCAAGGAGGGAAAGAAGUGAUCACCUGUAUGACCCAUAAUAUGGAUGGAUAUUGCACGCAAUUUUCGACGGCAGAAGUGAGACGAGCAAGAUGGCACCCAGGCUCUACCAACGAUUCUCAUCUUUUAGUCCUCACGUCGGAAAAUUCGUUUCAUUUGUACGAAUGUGAGCUCGGGGAAAAACCUAGGCUGAUGAAAAAUUGGAAGGUUGGACCGUCCCCAUCGAGAUCACCCUCAAAGAUUCCAAACUUUGCAUCUUUAGGUGACACGGCUGUGGAUUUUGACUUUGCUACGCCGACUUUAAGACCCGACGUUGAAGAAAAAAACGUCGAGACCGAGAAGAUAAAUUGGAACCAAAUUGAAUGGCCAAUACUCGUGCUUCGUGAAAAUGGGGACGUGUUCAUCGUCCACAACGUAUUAACCGGCAAUCCCUCUAAACCCAUCGUCCUAGGCUCCCUGUCGAUGUACCCUCCAGCGGACGACAAUUAUGGGAUCGAUUCGUGCUCCAUAUUGUGCAUUCAAACGACACCUCCUCUAGUGGUCAUCGCAGCCUGUUCGGGAAAAAUCUAUCACGCUAUUCUACUUCGUGAAGCUUUCGAGGAUGAAGACAAAAAGACCUGGUCGGAAAGAGGUUCCACGUACAGCUUACAUACCCCCGAUGACGCUCUCUUCGUAUUCGAAUGCGUCGAAAUGGAAUUAGGGUUGUUUUUCAAAGAUAACGAUAAGAAGUACAGUUGUUCGAUACACCUUCACAGUGAUAAAAGCAAUAGAUCGAGGUACUUCUGCAGUCAUAAUGCGGGAAUCCAUGUGGUUAGUUUACCACUUGUGUCGCAACUCGAUGAUUACAUUGCUGUAAGAGAAGAACAUGCAGAUCUAUAUCUGCCAUCGUUUUCCAAACAUUCAAGCUCUCAAUAUUUAGUGUGUACUCGAACAAAACAUACUAGAGAGGACGAAGCUACACCCAUCCUUGGAUUAGGCUUGUUUCAAGAGCCUUGUAUGCUAAUAGCUCUUCUUCAUACAGGCGUAGUGAUCGAUUUGACAAUAGUUGACCUGUAUUAUCUUCCAAAGAUAGAUUCUCCAGAACCUCUAAUCAGUCCUAACAAACGAGUCAACAAAGAACCAUUCGAUGUCCACAUACGAAAUCUUCUCCAACACGAAAUAACUCAACCCAUUACCAAACUCAGCCUCCAGUCGAAACUAACUGUGCAAGAAUAUUUGGAGCUGCUUUACCGUGCAACUCACAUUUUUCGAACACAACACUUUGUUCGGCAUGACAAAGUACGCGAAGAGCUCGGAAAGAAAGCUCGAACUUUAAAGGCGUUAAAAAAUCAUCAAAUGAAGGAAUUGGAUAUUCUGAUGGAAACUAGAAAAGAACUUCAACAAGCUGCUGAACAUCUAGCCGAAAGAUAUGAAGAUAUAAAAGAUAAUCAAGAGUAUUUGGCGCGAAGGGCCGAAGAAGUUCUCAGGUUAAUGAACCAUAAGAAACCAACUAUGACAGUUUCUGAACGGGCUGAUGCUGCAGAAUUGAAAAAAAUGGACCAGAAAGUAAAAGAACUUGUCGUACGUUUAGAACAACUUAAAAGGAAAGCGACACAACAGGCAAAACGCCUGGAAAAUUAUGAAACAUUGGAAAAGAAGAAAGAGAUCGUCUUGAGUGAAACCCAAGACAAUGCCGUCAAAAGCCACCUCUCGCAAAUGACGAAAGAUAUAGCGGAAUUAACAUUGCAAGUAAAGUCAUUGGAAGAUGAUGUAGAAAUAUAAUCACAAUAAAAAUAUUUCAUGAAAGCAAAACAUUUAUUUCCAAAAGAAGUGAAAAUAACAUUCUAUUGCAGUCAUAUGAACAAAUUUAUAAUGUAUUAUUAAUAAAAUUAAAUAAAGAAUAUCCGUAGUUUAUGGUGUUCUUGUUGCUUAAAUUACUAACUGUUCAAAUAGCCUUUCUAUUUUAUAUAGUGAUAUUGGCCAAAAAGAUGUAAAAUAUUCGGAUAAUACUGUUGUAGGUGGCAGCACCUACUUAAUCAAUAGCUGUGACACCUCUGUACAAUGAAUAGAAGCUCUACAAACAACAAUAUUGAUUAAAUGUUUUACCAGUUCAGGAUGUAAUGUUCAGUGCGAAUUUUUUCAGUUCUUCCAUUGUUAAAUAAAUAAUUCAAUUUCUAUUAACAGCCUAAUAUGAGAACGUCGCAUAAUACCAAAUUCUUAACAUUCAUUUAUAAAAAUCUAUCAGCUAGUACUUGAAAAUAAAAAAAUUCCAGUAUUUUCCAAUUGUAAUACACUACAUUAAAUCUUUGUAGGAUAUGGUGCAUAUAUUUGGGGCAAUAUAACAAAUCGGACAAUGUGUACAAGAGAACACAUACGAGGAUUGACAUAAAUUGUUUCCAGCGUGGUAGAGAAUAUUAAACACUUUCGCGUUCGCAACAUUCGCGGUAGACUUGAUUUAACAUGACAGACGUACGAAAAAUCUGAUCAUACAGUACAUUGCCCUCAUUUUGUUUCUCUAUUUUGCCCUCAUUUCAUUUCUUCGCCAUAUGACACGUCAAUGUAGAUUAUAGUACGGCAUCGGAUGAGUCUAUAUACAGAGAUGAGUUGGGAGAUUGCUCACGAGCUGGAUAGCGCGAUCGAUCUUGUGCUGCCCUCUGGUUUCGUACGUUAGCUUUCACCGUUUUUUGCCCCCAAGAGCGGCGCAACGAAUUUCUGAUAGGAGCUCGCGCAUUCGA